AUGUUGAAUGUAACUUUCACAUUAGAAGCAUACAAGAGAAUACAUAACCAAAGAUUCAUUUUUGCUGCUAUUUUGACUUUAUUGUACCCUGUCAUUAUAUUUGCUAACCUUUUAAUAAUUUAUGUAAUAAGUAUGGAGAGAUCUUUACAUAAACCUAUGUAUAUACUUAUUUGUAAUUUAGCAUGUAUUAACUUUCGAGCUGCCAUUACCCUCUCAAUCACUGCAAGUCUACAAAUAUGUGGGAAUGUAAUUGAAAAGAUUUAUUGUGACAACUACUCUGUUGUGAAACUGGCAUGUUCAGACUCUACAAGCAACAACAUAUAUAGUACAAUUGUGACAUUUUAUUCUGUGUUACUGCCAUUUUUUAUCAUCAUUUAUUCGUAUAUACGAAUCAUUUUCAUAUGUCUUCAGCUGACAAGAAAAGGGCGAACAAAAUUAAUGAAUACAUGCAUGCCACAUAUUGUAUCAAUAACCAGCUUUUUUAUUGGAUGUGCAUUUGAAUUGUUUCAGAGUAGAUUUGACUUGACUCACGUUCCAUACACAGUCAGAGUCAUACUGUCUCUCUAUUUCUUAAUACUUGCUCCCAUAUUAAAUCCAGUGAUUUAUGGAGCCAAGACAGAAAAGAUAAACGAAACAAUAAAGACAAAAAUAUCAAAUAGACUUCUGCAGGAGAUGAGCUUUGAGGAUCACAGACGCCUCACAGCUGGACUGUUGGAGAGGCAGCCGGGUCUGAUCUUUAAUCUAUUGAUGGAGCAUCAGCAAAGACAUGGUGCCCCCACAUCUGCAGAGUACUGCCUGGAUGAGGGUUAUCUGCGGAUACAUAGGCAGUAUCGGGAGGAUCUCACAGCAUUUGGAAAUAAAAAAACCUCAAACACCAGCAAAACAAAAGCUCAAUCUGCCUCCAAGUUGGUAGCAGCAUGGAAGGCUGAUCCCGUGAAAGACAAGGAGUGCCAUUAG